AUGCUCGACCCUGGGUCCAUCAUGGCGACGCAACUAGGCUACAAGGCCGCCGAGAAGAGCGUGGCGGCGGUAGCUAGCGCUCUCAACUACUUUGAGGAAUCUGGCACUCUGGCACUCAGGCUUGAGGCCAACCGAGAACUCCUCAAGAUAUGGGGCAAGAACAGCGGCGUUGAGGAGGGUGUUUUGGAGCCGUCGCUGACAGUGGUGCAUGAGCUUGUGCAACGACAGCUUGCUGCUAUAUCAGCCGACUUUGAGGGUGCAGACAAGAUGAUGAGGCGCUACGGCCUUGUGGCUACCGGGGAAUUGGCGGCGCCGCCAUCCCAAGAUCAACUGCAAAAGUCACUCAGGUUGAUGAAACGGUCUCUGCGCGUGAUUGGAGUCAGAAGCGACGCCCCGACGACAUCGCCGGAUGCAGCAGACAGUUCAGAUGCGCCGGCGAGGGAGGAUCCUGGUGUGCUCAAUCGGAUCAGAUGGGGUUUGCGAGACAAGGAGAAGCUGAGCGAGAUGAUUGCCAGCCUCUCUGUCCACGUCUCACUGCUCAACCAACUACUCACAGAGAGUCAGCGGCGGAAGGCGGGGGAAGACUCUGAGCGCGUCAAGAUCGUCCUCGUAGGAGCCAUUCAAGACGCAGAGACCCUCGAGGCGCUGCGGCAGACACUUGGCCAGGUACCGGAAGCCGCAGAGAUGGUAGCACGUCUUGAUCGCAAAGCCAUGCUGGAGGACCAGCCGUGGUCGGAUCCAGUGGGUCCUUUUUCUGAACAGGAACUGACCAAAGAUCGCUUCCGUCUCCCAAGAGACUAUGCCGAGCAGGAAAAGUUCCUGGCGAGGUCUGCCCAGGGCGACACAUCGGCCAUCUAUCUCCUCGAGAAGAAGGGCUUUGACAAAAGCCUCAGGCCCGAGGAACUGGACACACUGACAGACAGAAUCAAGCGCCUGGUGCAGUUGCUGAGUAAUACCAGAACAGAUGGCUUCCAGGUUCCCACGGCCGUCGGUUUCAUCCAAGACUUGGCCAACACCUGCUGGUGGCUCGUCUUCCGCUUCCCGUUGCAUCGACCGUUGGCGCUGAUCGGCCCUUUACCGAUGCCACAGCCGCUGACUCUGCUGGCCCUUCUUGACCCGCAACUCAAAUUCAGACCACCACUCGAGGUGCGAUAUAGACUCGCAGCAUCCAUCUGCACAACCUUUUCCGAGCUGUACUCGAGUAACUGGUUGCACAAGGCCAUCUCGAGCCGAAACAUCCUGUUUCGUGAACAGGCUCCCGAGAAGGGUCUCGGCAGUUCAAACAUCACCGGCAGGGAGGUGAGUAAGGAAGAAGCCAAGGUACAGAGGGAGGAGAACGCCAGACUCUUCGCCGCUCUCCUAUCCAAUCCUCUCGUGGGUGGCUUUGGCUACUCCAGACGGGAGACGGAGCAGCAGAGCAUUGACAGAGCUCGUGCUUCCACCGACGUCGACUCGGCCUUGUACCGCCACCCAGACUACCAGGGUGAGGCUGCGCAGGGCUACAGAAUGGCGUAUGACAUCUACUCCCUCGGCAUGGUCCUUCUCGAGAUUGCACUCUGGGUUCCCAUCAAGAGCUUCCUCGAGGCCAAAAAGGCAACCAGGAGCAGCAGCACGACUGGGGUGGUGACAGUGCCGCUUCCCACGUGGGACGAGGUGUCAAAAGGUAUCAGGCGUUUCCAUCGAGAGGAAUCGCUCGCCUUCCGUGAGCUGGCCAAGGAACGCGUCGAAAGAGAGCUUGCGUUUCGGGCUGGCAGUGAGUAUCGCCGCGUGGUAGAGUGGUGUCUCACCUACGCGGACACGGGUCCUUUAGACCCUCAGGACCGACCUGCUGCGCUGGAGUUUCACGAUCAAGUGCUCACGCCACUCAGGAGACUGGCGCAUGCUGGUCCGGUGGGAUAA